AUGGCUUCUAACAUCCAAGAAGUGACCAAAACCACCGCAAAGCAUCUUCUCCAGCUCAUCUCCCAGACCUCUGAAAACCUGAGGAUGAUCGAGGUGACGGAUCACUUUGACCCCAUUGAAGAACUCGGGGCAGGAUCAUAUGGAAAGGUUCUCCUGGCCAAACACCGCUGCUCAGGUCAGUUAGUGGCCGUGAAACUGCUGAACAAGGAGAAGAUUGCAAUGGACAAUUUCUUGAUGGAAUAUGGAAUGUCUCUCAGCCUGAGCUGCCAUCCACACAUCAUCAUGACCCAUGAAAUUGCCUUUCAUACCAGCAGUGACUAUGUGUUUGUCCAGGAGGUGGCAACAGCUGGAAACCUUCAAUCUGUGAUAAAACCAAUGGUUGGUUUAAGUGAAGAUAUGGUUAAACGCUGUGUUCCCCAGAUAGCGAGUGCAUUGGACUUCAUGCACAGCAAAGGAAUGGUCCAUCGUGACAUCAAACUGGACAAUAUUCUACUGAUGGACUUUGAAUGUCACGUGAUCAAGUUGGCAGAUUUUGGACUUGCAAGACUCCAAGGCACAUAUGCACCAUCUAUGGCCUGGUUCAUUCCAUACACGGCUCCUGAACUGUGUAGCCUAAAACAAGGAGAACAAGUUUUGCUGCACCCAAGUAUCGAUGUGUGGGCCUUCGGUGUCCUGGUGUACACUGCCCUGACUGGUUCCUUCCCUUGGAAAGGAGCAGAGGGUUCUGACCCAAUGUAUAGGGACUUUGCAUGGUGGCAAGUGAGGAAGGAUCUCACUUUAGCACCAGGACAUCGGAGGAAGUCUUCUCUUGAAGCCAGACAGAUGUUCUGGGACAUGUUGGCUCUCCAAGCCCCCUUGAGGUGCUCUGCUAUGGACAUUGUAAAAUAUCUUCACCUGCCAUGGAAAGCAGACAUGCCUCCAGAAAACCUAACAAGGAAUCCAGGGAUAUUACAUAUGACAUACAGGGCGUUUGAUGUCCAUGCUGGAGCUUCCUCGAGUACUGCCUCGUGUCUUCUUCCAGAUCAUGAGCUAACCUCCCUAACUAUUGGAGCCGAGGUGGAUAUCACAUAA